AUGAACUUGUCAAGAGUCUUGUGCUCCCCUGAAAGGCAGGACGAAUCCGCGGUGGCGCCAGUACGAGAGGGACCAGGUCAGAAACCCCCCGAGUCAGAGACAGCCGACGAACCGCAGCUAUUCACCUUUGUGCCGGACAACGAGCGGAAGAGGUCGUAUCGCAUGAGCGCCAAGCAGCGGCAGCGUCGAACGGAGUACGAAGCUUACACGUCGCGGGUGGAGAACCUCACGUUGGACAUCAACGAGCUUCGACAGCAGAUCCGUUGCUUGUUGGAGCGUCGAGACCUGUAUUUCACGCGUCUAUUGCUUCAAGGCCAGCACUACGAGGUUCAAGUGAUCGAGCUGAGCUGGAAGUUCUUAGCCAGCCUGCGUAGUGAAACGCAUGGCCUGGCGAUAAUCAAAUCUGUGCGUGUUCUCGUCGACAUCAACACAGCCGGAGGAGAUGCUGCCAGGAUCCAACAAGUGCGAAGUACCGGAGGGGUCUGCGUCGUGGAGGUUCUUGCCAAUUUCAUCGGUCGGAUCAUUCGGGAGUCGAUCAUGGCCAUGUUCCCGCACAUUCUCAGCGACGAAGCGCUAAUCGAAAGACUCAUUGGACGGACUAUCACAUUUUCACCGCGCUUGCUGCUCUACUUCGACGCCCGACAACGAAUCGUUCGGCAAAUUGUUCAGGCAGAUAUUCUAUCAGCAAUCGCGGCUCUAGCGAUGUGA